AUGACUUGCGGAUCUGGAUUCUGCGGCCGCACCUUCAGCUGCGCCUCGGCCUGCGGGCCCCGGCCCGGCCGCUGCUGCAUCACCGCCGCCCCCUACCGCGGCGUCUCCUGCUACCGCGGCCUCACCGGCGGCUUCGGAAGCCACAGCGUCUGCGGCGGCUUCCGCGCCGGCUCCUGCGGCCGCACCUUCGGCUACCGCUCCGGCGGCGUGUGCGGCCCCAGCCCGCCCUGCAUCACCAGCGUGUCCGUCAACGAGAGCCUCCUCACGCCCCUCAACCUGGAGAUCGACCCCAAUGCGCAGUGCGUGAAGCACGAGGAGAAGGAGCAGAUCAAGUGUCUCAACAGCAGGUUCGCUGCCUUCAUCGACAAGGUGCGCUUCCUGGAGCAGCAGAACAAGCUUCUGGAGACCAAGUGGCAGUUCUACCAGAACCGCAAGUGCUGCGAGAGCAACCUGGAGCCCCUGUUCGAGGGCUACAUCGAGACGCUGAGGCGGGAGGCCGAGUGCGUGGAGGCCGACAGCGGGAGGCUGGCCUCGGAGCUCAACCACGUGCAGGAGGUGCUGGAGGGCUACAAGAAGAAGUAUGAGGAGGAAGUCUCUCUGAGAGCAACAGCUGAGAAUGAAUUUGUGGCUCUGAAGAAGGUGAUUGAUGUGGACUGUGCCUACCUCCGCAAGUCAGAUCUGGAGGCCAACGCGGAGGCCCUGAUCGAGGAGAUCGACUUCCUGCGGCGCCUGUAUGAGGAGGAGAUCCGCGUUCUCCACGCCCACAUCUCAGACACCUCGGUCAUCGUCAAGAUGGACAACAGCCGGGACCUGAACAUGGACUGCAUUGUGGCCGAGAUCAAGGCUCAGUACGACGACAUCGCCAGCCGCAGCCGGGCUGAGGCCGAGUCCUGGUACCGCAGCAAGUGCGAGGAGAUGAAGGCCACGGUGAUCCGGCACGGGGAGACCCUGCGCCGCACCAAGGAGGAGAUCAACGAGCUGAACCGCAUGAUCCAGAGGCUGACCGCCGAGGUCGAGAAUGCCAAGUGUCAGAACACCAAGCUGGAGACCGCGGUGACCCAGGCUGAGCAGCAGGGCGAGGCGGCCCUGAGCGACGCCCGCUGCAAGCUGGCCGAGCUGGAGGCCGCCCUGCAGAAGGCCAAGCAGGACAUGGCCUGCCUGGUCAAGGAGUACCAGGAGGUGAUGAACUCCAAGCUGGGCCUGGACAUCGAGAUCGCCACCUACAGGCGGCUGCUGGAGGGCGAGGAGCAGAGGCUGUGCGAGGGCGUCGGCGCUGUGAAUGUCUGUGUCAGCAGCUCCCGCGGUGGCGUCGUCUGUGGCGAUCUCUGCGCCUCAGGUGCUGCCCCUGCUGUCACCAGCCGCGUCUGCAGCGCCCCCUGCAGCGGUAACGUGGUGGUGGGCACCAACUCGUGCGGGGCUUGCAGUGUGGGCUGUAAGAAGUGCUAAGA